AUGAGGUCUAAAUUCAAGGAUGAGCACCCCUUCGAGAAGCGCAAGGCGGAGGCUGAGCGUAUCCGGCAGAAGUACCCAGAUCGGAUUCCUGUGAUCUGCGAGAAGGCGGAUCGCACGGACAUCCCCACCAUCGACAAGAAGAAGUAUUUGGUGCCAUCUGAUCUGACUGUCGGCCAAUUCGUGUAUGUUAUCCGGAAGCGAAUCAAGUUGGCGCCCGAGAAGGCGAUCUUCAUCUUCGUUGACGAGGUGCUGCCACCUACAGCAGCCCUUAUGAGCGCUAUCUACGAGGAGCAUAAGGACGAGGAUAACUUCCUCUAUGUCAGCUACUCAGGCGAGAAUACGUUCGGUCAAGAGGGUUGGGUUGAGUUGCCUCAGGACGUAUGA